GUUCCGUCACAGUUAGGUACCCACUCAGCCAUGUCACGCGUUGUGACGGUCUUGUCCGUCAUGGCGUCCGCUGCCUAUGGCGCGUCAACCACCACCAAGUCGUAUGAGACCAAAUCGGGCGUUCUACCAUGGGUGGACGUGGAUACGCCCAGUAAGGCGCAGACGCACAAGUCGUCGCGCGGCGAGACGUGGACGCUCAUCAUGAGCGACGAGUUUAACAAGGAAGGACGCAGCUUCGACGCCGGAGAGGACCACCUUUGGACGGCUAUCGACAAGCCGGACGGUGUGAAUGCUGCUCUCGAAAUCUACUAUCCGAAUAUGACAGGAACGGCCUGUGACGACGACGGCCACUGCUACUUUUACAUCGAAUCGGACAUCCACGAGACUAACCUCACAGUCUGGAACGAGUACAUCUCGCCCCCAGGCUUUGAGGACGUGACGUUUUACUACCGGUCUGCUAUGGUUCAGGGUUGGAACAAAUUCUGUUUCCAAGGCGGUCUGGUCACGGUCCGGGCCCAACUACCCGGCGCCGUGACCAAUGCGUCGGGCAACCCGGACAUUGAAUCCGGAUCUACCAGUGUGCGUGCCACUAAUAUCGACUACUACCCGACGUGGCCCGGUAUCUGGCUCAUGGGUAACCUCGGCCGCGCCAUUUUCACGGGUUCCACGGCCCGUAUGUGGCCGUUCUCAUACAAUGAAUGCAACGAGACCAUCUUCGACUCGCAGAACCAACGCAUCAGUGCCUGUGACGACAACCCGGGCUCCGGUAUGAACCCGAACCAGGGUCGUGGAGCACCGGAGAUUGAUAUUCUCGAAGGAGGAGGUACAGCUAUCUCCUCGUCGAUCCAGGUGGGACCGGGUAUGCCCGAUGACUUCCGUAUCAUCGCGGACAACACGUCAGCUUACUGUUUGUACAGCUACGACUGUACCACCGAAGGCGCGAACAACCAGGACGUGCCGACCAAGUAUUACUGGAACUUACGUGGCCACAAGUCGUGGUAUCAGGGACUCCGUUACGCCGCCAAUAACUUGUGCGAUGUAGAGAGUGAGGACGUCCAGAGCUUCGCUACUAUCAACGCGUCGGUGACUAAGGGCAUUACGGAGAACGCGUGCACGAUGGAUUUGUGUCCGGCGUCGUACGACGUGAACGCGGACUUGGGAUUCAAGGACAAUGGAACGGUACACUGGGGAGUCAACACGAACGGCACGUGUUUCCCCAAGCAGAACGCUUACACGGGUGCUUAUCUGUGCAACGCCGGUAACACUGGGUCGAAAUGUACUGAAUCUGGAGGCUCCACGAGCUCGGGAUCGGAGUUCACGUACCAAAUGGACGCUAUUUCUUCCAAUUGGGAAGUGCACAUGGCGGCGUACUUGGACUGGGUUACGUAUUCGCUGGAGUGGGUUACGGGCGACUCUGGUUACAUUCGUUGGGAGGUGGAAGGACAGGUUAUCUUCGAGAUCCCAGCUGAAUCAGUCACUAAUCCGCCUCAGGACACGACACAGAUGAACCCGAAGAAGCUCAUGGUUGAGGAACCAAUGUACUUCAUUUUCAACGUUGCGUUGUCGAGUUCGUGGGGCUCUAAACCGCCCAACGCCGGCUCGAGCGGUUGCUACGGCGACGGCACCGAUGAAAAGACGAACGCUAUCUGCGACGCGUUCCCCAUGUUCAUGAAGAUCGACUACAUUCGCGUGUACCAGGACAUGUCCGCAGGCUCGUCGAUGGCGUACGGAUGCGAUCCGUCCACCCACCCGACCAAGCAGUGGAUUGAGGACCAUAUCGACGACUACCAGGACGACGACAACCUGGUUGUGACAGUAUCGGGUAUGGCGUUCUGCAACUCGGACGACGACUGUACUAUCUCGACUAGUGGGUCCUCGGCGGUGACGACGGGUACGUGCAACUCGGACGGCCGUUGCGAGUGCUCGUCGGACUCGUGGACCGGGCCGCGAUGCACGGAAACGGCUAGCAACGAAGACGGCGACAACCUGUACGGCCCUCCGAUCCUCGUCUCUCUUGUGAUCGCUGGCGUGGUCUGUGUGGCCACCUUCAUUACUGUCCUGUACAAGGUGACGCAAGCCAAGCGCAUCGGCGCCCGUAUGCGCGAUCAAGCACUGAAGAUGGAGCACGCCAAGCAUGUUCAGACCACUGGCAUUGACCCGGUGGACGACGGAAAGAUGGCGAAAGACCCUCACAGCAACAACUCUGUAUAGAUGCUAAGCAAAAAAAGUUUUUUCUUAAUUGUCGAACGAUAAGUUGGAUUUGCCUGCCG